CUAGAAAAAAAUGACCAAGGGUACCCAAUCAUUCGGUUUGAGACACACCAAGACACACGGUAUGUGUCCAAGAUGUGAUAGAAGAUCUUACCAUAUUCAAAAGAAGACUUGUGCUUCUUGCGGAUUCCCAUCACCAAAGAUCAGAAAGUACCAAUGGGCUUAUAAGGCUAUUAGAAGAAACACCACUGGUACUGGUAGAUGUCGUUAUUUGAAGCUCGCUUUGAGAAGAGAAAGAAACGGAUGGAAGGUCGGAAGCACCCCAAAGGCUGCCGUUAACAACAAGCAAAACUAAAUUUGUUGAAUAAAACUCCAAAAAUUAUUU